UCCCAGAUGAGAUAAAUGGUUGUGAUGUUCGGUGCAUGGAAUCACAUGUGCACUUUGUCACAACAUAUAUGUUUGGAGGCCACCUAUCGCUACACAGACUCUGAACUGUCAACAGUGACAGACCCGAUCAAUGAAACCAUGUUUUUUUCUUUUCACAGGCACACUUGUUGUUUUCAAAAGCAGACCAAUCAGGAUCCAGGCCCCACAUCCCCCAGACCAUAUCAGACACAAGGGAGAUUCUCUAACACUGCAGCUGCGACGUCCAGGAUGGCGGUGAAGCUGCUCUGCCUUCUCCCACUGCUGCUUCUGUCAUGCCAGAGAGCAGCUGGAACAGGCGGGAGGGUCAAAGCACAAACGUGUGUCACAAGCACCUCCAGCUGUGAGGAGUGCAUCCAGGCCGACCCAGAGUGCGCCUGGUGCCUGGCCCCCCAGUCUAGAAUCCGCUGCCAUAAAUUUGGGAGACUCCAGAGAGCAGGCUGCCCUGAAAAAUAUAUUUAUAACCCUCAAAGCAGCAUGCAGGUUGCUAAGAAUGAAAGCAGGAAAGUCCCAGCAGAUUCCACCCCUCUGUUCCUGCAGCCUCAGGAACUUUCCAUUCAGCUAAGACCAGGAGUGCAUCAGUCCUUUCCUCUCAACAUCUUCAUGACAACAGAUCAGGCGACAGAUCUCACUCUGGAUGUCAGUGGUGUUCCAGAUGGAGUCAACAUCACGUUCAGCAGUGCUGACAAAGGAAACCCUCUUCUGGUGCAGGUGAAUGUGGAAGCUGCUCAGUGUCCCAGCAGGAGUGAUCUUUCAGCACACAACAGGACGGAGCCGUGGUCUGUCCUCAUUACACCUCGAGGGUCCUCAUUGAGCGUAAAACUGGAGAUUUCUUUGCUGUGUACCUGUGGUUGCAUUGAAAAUGGUGAAGAAAACAGCAGUUUCUGCAGCAAUCGAGGAGAUUUCAUGUGUGGGAAGUGCCACUGCCACCAGCCCUACUUCGGACAGUCCUGCCAACUACAGGAGGACAGCUUUUUCUCAGAUGAUGAGUCUAUGUGCCGCUCAGCUGCAGAUGCCGCGGUGUGCAGCGGAAGAGGAACCUGCAUCGAAGGCAGCUGUGAGUGCUUCAGGCGGGAAAAUCCAAGAGAACGAUACAGUGGAAGGUUCUGCGAAUGCGACAACUUUAACUGUCCAUAUCACAAUGGCAGAAUUUGCGGCGGGCAUGGGGAGUGUGUUUGCGGAAAGUGUCACUGUGAGAGCAAUUGGGUCGGUGAAGACUGCGGCUGCAACUCUGAAAUUACUUCCUGCAUGGGACAAAACCAGCUUAUCUGCAGUGGGAGAGGGUUGUGUCAGUGUGGAACAUGUGAAUGUUACCCCACAUUCAGAGGCCAGACCUGUGAAAGCCUCAUUUUGACACCGCCCUGAGGAGCCAUAAAGAGAACAAAAGAGUGAAUGCACCUCUUGCUGAUGCCUCCUGUUAUUUUAUCUGGGAACUUAAAUGCAAAAGAAAUAUAUUUGCGUUAAUAUUUACAAAAAAGUACAAAUAUACGACCAACUAUAAAAGGGUGAACGCAAAGAUCCACUUCAAUAUCAUUUUUGGCGUUUUUAACAUGUUCUUUUAGCCUUUUUCUGAUGAUGGAGGGCAUAAAGAGAAUUAAGCUUAAAA